UUUGUUAAUAUUUGUCACUGGAUGCCAAGCCGAAUUUUUUGUACAUUCAACUAGUUUCUUUCACAUCCUGAAUUUAAAAGUUAAUUUUACCAUGGACAACUCUAUGGCGCCCCUGCAGGAGCUACUCACCGACAUGGUGGUACCAACGCAUCGUUCUGAAAUAAAAAUUAAUCCCGAACACAUUACAAUGCUGCAGGGAACUAAAAGCAAAAAACAACUAAGCCGCAAACGUGCUGCCAACAAAUCUUCCACGCUAACAAGACGUGAAUAUGCGCGUCUGGGCCUCCAUACGUUACCCGCACGACAAAUGCUUUAUGAAGAAGCACUGCCAUUGCAUAAACUAUGGAAGGGUUACAUGCGUGAACAUCUGGGCUUACGUGAAGGUGAUACAGUUCCCGCAGUACAUGAGCCCACAUACGAUGCAUUUAGCAGAUUAUUAGUGAAAACUGAUCUACAUGGCGCUAAAAUACGUGUAGUGGAAUCUAAAUGUCCAACACUAGUUGGACUGAGUGGGAUUGUUGUACUGGAUACGAAAAAUAUGCUAAAAAUCUUAGGCAAGGAUAAUCGUAUACGUUCGAUUCCAAAGAGCGAGUGUGUAUUUGGCAUGCGGCUAUGGAAUAUGGAAUUCACUAUUUUUGGCAAACAUUUAGCGUUGAGGCCAGCGGAACGUAGUGUUAAGAAGAUUAAGAAUUUCAUUGAACCAUUUGAGCUGGAAUGAGUGUUAAAGUUAUAUACCGACUAAGGCUUAUGUAGAUAGAUUUACGUUUUUGUAAUGAGAUUAAUUUAAUAUUUUUCUUACUAAUAUAUAAAAAGGAAAUAAAACUUUUU